UUACGAUCCAUGUAUUAGAUGAAAAUGAUCCGCCAACUGCUAUAAUUCUAGAACCAGAUAUAAUUUCCGAAAACCAUCGUGUGGGUGAUCCAUUUUGGGAGUUGACAACUAUCGACCAGGAUAUUGGGCAGAGACAUACAUACGAGCUUCUGGAUGAUUACAACAAAACGUUUGCAAUACAUGGUAAACAUCAUGUUCAGUUAUUGAAACAGCUGGAUUAUGAAGCCGUGGGAGGAAUAGUUUACAUCGAUGUCAGGUCCAAAGAUAAUGGAACCCCUGAAAAAUCAGUUCAUCAAACGAUUCAAAUUACGGUCAUUAAUGAGGACGAACCCCCA